CAUUCCGCAGCCUCCGCUGCCGCCAUUUUUGUUGGGGCUGACAACCUGCAAGCCAAGAAGUACGAGAAGGGCCAGGCGCGGUGGCUCACGCCUGUAAUCCCAGCACUUUGGGAGGCCGAGACGGGUGGAUCACCUGAGGUCAGGAGUUCGAGACCAGCCUGACCAACGUGGUGAAAUCCUGUCUCUACUAAAUACAAAAUAUUAGCCGGGCGUGGGGGCGCGUGCCUGUAAUCCCAGCUACUUGGGAGGCUGAGGCAGGAGAAUCGCUUGAACCCGGGAGGCGGAGAUUGCAGUGAGCCGAGAUUCCGCCACUGCACUCCACCCUGGGCAACAAGAGCUAAAACUCUGUCUCAGAAAAAAAAAAAAAAAAAAAAAAGUACAAGGAAAAACUCGCAGACAGCGAGCUUUUCGCCAGUGCCAGGAAUACAGAUAGAAUGAGAGCGACUAAGAGAGGGAGCGCGCGCACUAGCGCGAGAGGGAAAGGGCGAGAGCGCGCGCGCCGAUGACGUCACGCUCGGCGUCUCGGCCAUCUUAGCUGUAGAGAGAGAGGCUGCAACUUCGGAAGUGCGGAGCGGGUGCGGCUAUAUAAAUGCUGAGGCUCGGAGGCGGUGGGCUUUUGUUGGGCCUGGCUGUAGCCGCAGCAGCGGUGACAGUAGCAUGGCUUAUGGGCUGGUGGGGUCCCCGCGCUGGUUUUCGCCUUUUCAUACCUGAGGAGCUGUCUCGCUACCGCGGCGGCCCAGGGGACCCGGGCCUCUACUUGGCGUUGCUCGGCCGCGUCUACGAUGUGUCCUCCGGCCGGAGGCACUACGAGCCUGGGUCCCACUAUAGCGGCUUCGCAGGCCGAGACGCGUCCAGAGCAUUUGUGACCGGGGACUAUUCUGAAGCAGGCCUUGUGGAUGAUAUAUCUGAUUUGUCAGCCGCUGAGAUGCUGACACUUCAAAAUUGGCUUUCAUUCUAUGAGAAGAAUUAUGUAUGUGUUGGAAGGGUGAUAGGACGGUUCUACGGAGAGGAUGGGCUGCCUACCCCGGCACUGACCCGGGUAGAAGCUGUGAUCACCGGAGGCUUGGAGUCCAACAAACUAGAACUGCAAGAGAAGCAGACAUUCCCGCCGUGCAACGCGGAAUGGAGCUCAGCCAGGGGCAGCCGGCUCUGGUGCUCCCAGAAGAGUGGAGGUGUGAGCAGAGACUGGAUUGGCGUCCCCAGGAAGCUGUAUAAGCCAGGUGCUAAGGAGCCCCGCUGCGUGUGUGUGAGAACCACCGGCCCCCCUAGUGACCAGAUGCCGGACAACCCUCCACACAGAAAUCGUGGGGACCUGGACCACCCAAACCUGGCGGAGUACACAGGCUGCCCACCGCUAGCCAUCACAUGCUCCUUCCCACUCUAAGCCAUAGCCUUUUCUGUUGAUAACACACAGAGAGCUCUGCCAAGCACCUGAGUAGGCCCUUGACACUUGUGUGCCCUGGGAUGCCCCCUGGGGCGAAUCAGGAGGGUCUGGAAGGACUCUGGCUGUAUUCUGCAAAUGUGGCUCAUGCCCCUGACCGUGGCUCGGCGUUGUGGUGCCUGAGGGACAGCCGGCCACCUGCCCAGUACUGGUCAGCUUUUCACCACUAUUCCCUUUGACCUACCGGCCAUCUUCCUCACAGCCCUCAGGUAUCAACAGGCACAAAUAAGACCAACUCAAUUUCCACUUGAAUUUACAACCAAAAGCCUGCUGCGUUGAUUACAGCUGGGCCAAUACAGUAAGAGGCAAUAACAAAUCAGUGUGGGUUGAUUCUGGAAUUGGAAAAGCUUUUGCUUGUAUGGAUAUAGCAAAUCCAGAUGUCUCUGAACAAAGCAACAAUUUAAAGCAACGACAUUUUCUCUCCUUUAAGCACUUAAAAUCAGGUGUGGUGUGUUUUCAAAGGCAGGAAGUCUGCAUUUUGAGCAAAAGGUGGUUUCCCAGCUCUAACAAGGUAACUGGUUAGCAUGACAUUAAAGUUCGGGCAAGGCUGCAAACUUAAGGUGGCUGGGCUUGCUGCUUGCCCAGUGGUUUGUAUGUCCAGGGUCAUCUGGCAAAUGUCAUACCUGUUACCUCUUGACUACUUGUUAAGGUAGAUGGGGGCAAGGAGUGUUCCUACUUCAGACGGAGAAGUGGGACCAGCACUACCACAGACAGCGCUCCACGGCCUCUGUGCAUCGCCUCGUCAGAGCCUCUACCCGGCUCCCUUUCCCGCUCAGCCUCACCCUCAACAUCCACUAGCUUCCUCCCUCUCUGUCACUGUCUCCUUUUUCUCCAUCAUUCAUUUCACUAAAUCGCUUUCCAGAUUCACAGACUAGAAAAUGGAGGCUGCCUCCCCCUCACUGGCAGACCCGGCUCACUGCCCCUAUGGCCACAGCUGUUCCUUACACUUGGGCUCUGGCUCAUGGCUCCUUUUGCCUGCCCCCACCAUCUUCCUCACCUUCCCCUCUUGUACCUUUAACCUCUCCCCGCCUCCUGGAUCUUCCCCCAGGUAUGCAUCAAACGGCUCACUUCUCUCACAUCAUAAACACUCCCUCAACUCCAGUUUUGGCUUAUACUCACUAGCUUUGCUUUUCAGCCCCAUUUGCUCUAAAAAUCAGGAGAAAUUCUGCAUUGGCACAUUGCGUGGUGACAUCCAGUUCUUACCUUUGUCACACUGGACACUGUGGACCGUGGGGUCCUCCAUGAAACCCUCGCUGGGCUUUCUCCUGCUUCCCUUUUUGUGUCUGCCCAUUCCUUCUUAAUUGCCUUGAGAACCCCAUUUUGCCUCCACAAACCCCUUUCCAUUGGCUCCUCUCACACCAAAUCCGGCAGUUACUUAGACCGUCAAACCUGCACCUCUACUCCAGGCAGCUUUCCAGAGCAUUUCACCUUCCCCUCCCAUGCUGCUGCUAGUUCUCCAAGUGAACGGCACCACCAGCUACACGCACAGUCAGCAUCUGAGCAGCCAUCACACUCCAUCCUCCCUUCCCUCCUCCUAACCCGCCUACAGGUCUUGGGAGCUCUGCCUCCCUCAUUCUCUCCUUUCCCUUCCCUCUUAUCUGUCCCUAGUACUCUUCCUCUGGCCUAGGCUGUCAUUUCUCACUUGGAUUACUGAAGGAUCCUAACUGUACUCCCUCCAAUCCCUCCUCCAUACUGCUGGGAGCCAUCUUUCUUUCUUUUUUUUUUUUUUUGAAAUGGAGUCUUGCUCUUUUGCCCAGGCUGGAGUGCAGUGGCGUGAUCUCGGCUCACUGCAACCUCAGUGGCACGAUCUUGGCUCACUGCAACCUCCACUUCCUGGGUUCAAGCGAUUCUCCUGCCUCAGCCUCCCAAGUAGCUGGGAUUACAGGCAUGUGCCACUACACCCAGCUAAUUUUUGUAUUCUUAGUAGAGAUGGGGUUUCACUACAUUGGUCAGGCUGGUCUUGAAAUCCUGACCUUGUGAUCCGCCCACCUCGUCCUCCCAAAGUGCCAGGAUUGCACGCGUGAGCCACCGCGCCUGGCCAAGCUCUUUCUUAAAGAUGAUCAAGGCAUCCCCCAUUUAAGCCUCCUCAGAGGCUCCCCUGAUCUAUAAGGACUGAGUGCCAGCUCCUCUGCUGCGUGCCACACGAGGCCCUUCUGUGGCCCCUCUCCUCUUAGGCCUGUACCUUUCCCAUCUCCUCCCGUGUGCACCUCCUGUCCAGCCUCCCUCUCACUGCGUUACGUCUGCAGUGCCUUCACACAAGCUGUUUCUUUUGCCUGGAAUGACACUUCUUCCUCCAGUGAAUUCAUCCACCCUGUAUUGCUUCAAUAUUCAGCUCAAUCAGGCCCCUCUUGGGAGCCUUCAUUAACUGUUGGGCCAGCAGUGAGCUAUAGAGGCACUUUCCCUGCUCCCAUAGCACUGUGCUCAUGUCACAGUGGGCUCUUACCAUAAACUUCUUAUCAUCCUCUUGCACUGGACCUCAGACAUUCUGAGGACAGAGCCCCAGUGUGAUUCGGCUCCGUACCCCUAUUUCCACAUGACUCGGCUCCAUACCCCUAUAUCCACAUUACUCAGCUCCGUACCCCUAUAUCCACAUGACUCAGCGCCGCACCCCUAUAUCCACGUGACUCAGCGCCGCACCCCUAUAUCCACAACUCAGCGCCGCACCCCUAUAUCCACAUGACUCAGCGCCACACCCCUAUAUCCACAUGACUCAGCGCCGCACCCCUAUAUCCACAUGACUCAACCCCUACAUCCACAUGACUCAGAGCCGCACCCCUACAUCCACGUGACUCGGCGCCGCACCCCUACAUCCACGUGACUCGGCGCCGCACCCCUACAUCCACGUGACUCGGCGCCGCACCCCUACAUCCACGUGACUCGGCGCCGCACCCCUACAUCCACGUGACUCGGCGCCGCACCCCUACAUCCACGUGACUCGGCGCCGCACCCCUACAUCCACGUGACUCGGCGCCGCACCCCUACAUCCACGUGACUCGGCGCCGCACCCCUACAUCCACGUGACUCGGCGCCGCACCCCUACAUCCAGGUGACUCGGCGCCGCACCCCUACAUCCAGGUGACUCGGCGCCGCACCCCUACAUCCAGGUGACUCGGCGCCGCACCCCUGUAUCCAGGUGACUCGGCGCCGCACCCCUGUAUCCAGGUGACUCGGCGCCGCACCCCUGUAUCCAGGUGACUCGGCGCCGCACCCCUGUAUCCAGGUGACUCGGCGCCGCACCCCUGUAUCCAGGUGACUCGGCGCCGCACCCCUGUAUCCAGGUGACUCGGCGCCGCACCCCUGUAUCCAGGUGACUCGGCGCCGCACCCCUGUAUCCAGGUGACUCGGCGCCGCACCCCUGUAUCCAGGUGACUCGGCGCCGCACCCCUGUAUCCAGGUGACUCGGCGCCGCACCCCUGUAUCCAGGUGACUCGGCGCCGCACCCCUGUAUCCAGGUGACUCGGCGCCGCACCCCUGUAUCCAGGUGACUCGGCGCCGCACCCCUGUAUCCAGGUGACUCGGCGCCGCACCCCUGUAUCCAGGUGACUCGGCGCCGCACCCCUGUAUCCAGGUGACUCGGCGCCGCACCCCUGUAUCCAGGUGACUCGGCGCCGCACCCCUGUAUCCAGGUGACUCGGCGCCGCACCCCUGUAUCCAGGUGACUCGGCGCCGCACCCCAGUAUCCAGGUGACUCGGCGCCGCACCCCAGUAUCCAGGUGACUCGGCGCCGCACCCCAGUAUCCAGGUGACUCGGCGCCGCACCCCAGUAUCCAGGUGACUCGGCGCCGCACCCCAGUAUCCAGGUGACUCGGCGCCGCACCCCAGUAUCCAGGUGACUCGGCGCCGCACCCCAGUAUCCAGGUGACUCGGCGCCGCACCCCUGUAUCCACGUGACUCGGCGCCGCACCCCUGUAUCCACGUGACUCGGCGCCGCACCCCUGUAUCCACGUGACUCGGCGCCGCACCCCUGUAUCCACGUGACUCGGCGCCGCACCCCUGUAUCCACGUGACUCAGAGCCUUACCCCUAUAUCCAUGUCUCAGCUGUGUACCCCUGUGUCCACGUGACUCAGCACCGUGCCCCUAUAAUCCACUUUACUCAGCGCUGUACCCCUAUAUCCACCGCGCCUAGCAUGUGGGAAGUUCGUGCAGAGUUGUGUCUUUUUUUUUUUUUUUUGAGACAGGGUCUUACUCUGUUGCCCAGGCUGGAGUGCAGUGGCGUGAUCAUAGCUCACUGCAGCCUUGACCUCCCGGGCUCAAAAAGAUUCUCCCACUUCAGCCUCCCGAGUAGCUGGGACUAUGGGCACGUACCAGCAUGCCCGGCUAGUUUUUUAUUUUUGUAGAGAUGGGGUUUUACCUUGUUGCCCAGCCUGGUCUCGAAUUCCUGGGCUCAAGCAGUCUGCCCACCUCGGCCUCCCAAAGUGCUGGGAUUACAGGCGUGAGCCACCGCACUUUUUGGAGAUAAGGCAACAAAGGCACAUAGAACUGAAGUCACUGAGCAUGGACCUGAGCCUAGAACUCAAAGCUCUGGAUGCCUGAUUUGGUACCGUUUUCACUCCUCCAUAUUUCUGUAUGUCUCUGCCCUCCCUGGGGCAGGACCAGGAGCAGACAGAAAGAAGAGCUGAAAUUAGGAUUUUCUUCUGAGUUCUAGGCAGUCCCUGAGCUCAGUGCUGAGACUUCUCUAUUAACUAGAAACAGCCCCCAACUCCAGGCUAACUGGAAACUAGUUACUGCCCCUGAUUUAGUCCUCCUUAGUCAUUCAGCAAAUAACUUACCAAGCACCUACUAUGUGCCAGGUAUCACGUUAGGGUUGGGUGGUCGAGGAAGCAAGACUUCUGACCUCAGGGGACUUAUAGUAUGGUGGAAUAAACCCAGUAGAGCAGCCAGAGGCUGUCCUUGCGGUAGGAAUGCAGGGAGAGUGUGAGGUCAAAAAACAAACAAGAAGCAUUAGUCAUUCCAGCCAGCUGCGGGCUCUGGCCGUGCCUAGAGGGUACCUGAUCUCUGACUGAUGCAAGACCCCUGUGCACAGGCUCCAGGACAGACUUGGCUGGCUUCAGCAGCCUGCUCAGUUCCUUGCUCAGUUGAGAAUUCCUUUUUGAUACUUACCUUAUGGUACUUAUACCUUCCUACUUAAUCUGGUAACACAUCUCUCAUGUCAGGGCAAAGGGUUCAGCAAAGAAUUAGGUUCAGCAAGAAUAGGUUGUCAUUUUAAUGGCCCGAAGGGCUCAGCCAUGAGAAGCUGGUAAUUACUGGAGAAAUGCCUGGCCUUUCCCUCUCCAGUACAGGUGGCCCUGGGCGAAACCAUGGGGAGAGGAAGGGCAAGGCCCUGAUGGAAGUCACAGAUGAGCUCAGCUUAGGCUGAGCAUGCAUUUAGACUUGCGGGUAGAAGGAAGGGAAGGAGAAAACAUACAUAUUGGGCAACUCUGCUGGGCCAGGCCUUGUUCUCAUUUCAUCUCUACGCCUGCCUUGAGAAGUUCCCAUGUUAUGGCCCAGAAAAGGGGCAUAAAUGUCUCCCCACCUCUUCUAAUAGUUACAUCAACCGUCGGGUGACAGAGCUGGGCUUUGUGAUGCGAGUCUGAUCUCUGUCACACCAGUGAGCACAGUGUCAAGGCAAAGCCUUUGCAGCUGCACUCCACUCCAACAUUGUGAAGGAGGCCGGACGCUUAUAAUCCUAGCACUUUGGGAGCCCAAGGUGGGCGGAUCUCUUGAAGCCAGGAGUUCGAUGGAGGCCAGCCUGGCCAACAUGGUGAAACCCCAUCUCUACUAAAAUACAAAAAUUAGCUGGGUGUGGUGGUGCGCACCUGCAGUCCUAGCUACUGGGGAGGUGGAGGCUGCAGUGAGCCAAGAUCACACCACUUUGCACUCCAGCCUGGGCGACAGAGUGAGACUCUGUCCCAAAACAAACAAAACCCAAAAAUAAAGAAGUCAUCUUAAAGAAGUUUCAACAUUUGCCUUUUCAUUCUGAGAUUACAGUUUUCUAUAAACAUCUAAGAGUGAAGAGUCUGAGGUUUUUUGGUCACAGCUGAGCCACUGCACGACCCUCGCCUCACCCCAGCUCAGCCACUGCGUGACCCCUGCCCUGCCCCACACUCACUUUGCUCAAGGCAAAGCUGUACUCUGAAAGCUGGCCCCAAUGGGGAGGUUAGGACUGUGCCUGCUCAGAAGUCUGUGGGUGCCCCUCAAAGAAGGGCAAAGACCCUAGGCUGGACCCUACCCUUGAGAGUACUUCCUACUGCCAGAGCCCCCAGAUUUCUUCCAGUGGCAGCAGAUACUACCAGAAGAGCCUGCGGUGCACACACCAGAAUCUGGGUACCUGGAUGAGGAGGACACAUUACUGAUCACCUUCCUCCAGGCAACCCUGUAAGGACUACGGUCCGCCCCCAUUAUGUAGAUAGGGAAACAGAGGCAAAGAAGUUAGGAAACUCGCCCAGAACUCUCAGCUAAUGAAUGAAAAAGCAGAACUAAAACCCAGUGCUCUCCCUGGCUGGGGAAACAUGCAGAAGUUGAUAAACCCAGUGCUCUUCCUGGCUGGGCAAAUGUGUGGAAGUUGAUGUGCCUGGUUACUGUUUGUGCUUUGCUUAUCAUAACCAGUGACAGUGUGGUUAGCACUGUUAGCCUCAAGGGUAGCUGUGAGGAUUACUUGGGAUUGUCAUGUGGAAACACUUAACAGUGCAUAUUAACUAUGAGAAAAGCCACUGGAGAGUGAGCUUUAUGAGCUCUAUCACCACAGCUAGUCUGACCUAGGGGUAAGCAAAAUGGAAGACAGGAAAAAGGGAAUACAUUAGCUCAGGAAAGCGUGAGGGCCACGUGAGCUGCUUGAUUGGUAACGAUUUGUACAGGGGCUUUAUGGAUCACUAGAUUUUAAUUUGCAAGCCCUGAAACCGUCCUUAGUAUUCUCUGAAGCCCACAGUGCCAGUCGCCCUUCAUGCCUUGGCUAGCAGAAAGCUCAUCAUGAAUGGAUCCUCUUGAGAACUUCAGAGGGGUCAGGUGACGGUGACUAAGACUGCCUCGGUGAUCACGCUCGGUGCUAGGAGCUGAAAUCUGGGCCAAGAGCACAGUGAGUUCAGGCAGCUACUAUGUUUAAAAUAACUACUUUCCGGGACCUAAGCCAUGAGGACAUAAAGGCUUUAAGAGUGAUACAGUGGACUUUGGGGACUCAGGGUAAAGGGCUGGGGUGAGGGAUAAAAGGGUCCAGUGUACACUGCUUGGGUGAUGGGUGCCCCAAAAUCCCGGAAGUCACCACUAAAGAACUUCAUGUAACCAAACACCACCUGAACCCCAAAAACCUACUGAAACUUUUAAAAAUUAAAAAUAAAUACAUAAAAUAGCUACUUUUA